AGAUCAGAUGAUUUUUUUUGUGUGUGAAAAGUUGUCCCUAAGCAUCUACUAAAGUACAGUCAUAUAUAAUAACUUGUGUGCCUUUUCUGGGACCAGGCCUCAAUUCUGUUUGGAUUAUACAGUUAAAAGAGCAAACUGUCUCCAACAAUAUAUCAGUCUUAUUUUAUAGAGAUCUGAACUUAAAGACAAGAAAUGAGUUCUUUGGAAAAGAAUUGUGUUCCUUCAUCCUCCAAAAUAGAACGUCUUCGGCAGUGGCAGCAAUCCUAUCCCAGUGAUUUGAGCUGUCCUAUCUGUCUCCAAACCGCUAAUUUCCCUGUAGAAACCAACUGUGGACAUUUCUUUUGUGGUUACUGUCUAAUUCAAUACUGGAAACAUGGGUCUUGGCUGAGUGCAAUCAACUGUCCACUUUGCAGGCAAAAAGUUGUUUUUUUGUACACCUGUUCUGAAAACCAGCCUGACAAGAAAAGCAAGCAAACUUUCUAUGACAUCAGAAUUUACAACAAACGCUUCUCAGGACUCCCUCAGUCUUUUAUAGAUCAUCUUUAUGACAUGCCACUUCUUCUCCUUGUUAUCCUAAGAGGAAUCUUCACUCUAACUGCCCUUGUGUGGAUCUUUCUCUUCAGAGUUGUCAUCUGUUUUUUUGGAACCAUCAUGUGCUCAACCUGCCCACCUGAAGGGAUGCCUGAACCUCUCUGUGGAAUAUUGCAGACAGCUGAUAACUUAGCUGUCAUGCUCUUACUUUUGAUUAGCUUUAUAAACAUUUGCCCUCAAAUGGAAUCAGAAGGUGCAAAUAGGACGAUCUCUAGGGAAUAAAACAUUACCUUGGCAUCAUAAGAGAGGGAACUGCAUUGUCUCUGAAAGGUCAAAAUUAACCAAAAUUUACAUUUAUAAUGGACUGAUAGUGGACUUAGUUUUAAAAAGUGGUUAAAAAUGAUAAAGAAUAUAUUGGCUGGAUGCUGUUAUGCUAAUAAAGGACUGAAAACCCAGUGAGGUCUCUGAGUCUUUAAAAAGGCAUUGCUGUUGUUUUAAGAAUACAUUUUAGGGUAUCUUGGGGACGACUGAAUAAUUGAUAUAUCCCUGAUUAGGACAUUGAUGCUGGUAGUUAGAAGCAGGCACAGGAAUUAGGAAGCAGAAGGUACUGAGAAAAUGAGGAAGUGGCAGUACUAGAUAAAGUUUAUCUAAGUCUAGAUGUUAAUAGAGUAGAGUUGAGUAGAGU